UACGGGGACGUUCCGGGGUCUGCACCCAAUCAGAGCUGCGGUUGUGGGUGGGACUGGGACUGUAGUACUUGGUACUCCUCCUCAUGUACUCCAGGAAGCUCCAGGAGGAGGUGCGUGGAGUUGGAUAUGAAGGAAGAGCCUACAGACUUCUCACUGAGGAAGGUAUCCACGGUCUCUCCAGUGGUUGAGAAUGGGAACUUUCCCGUUACAGCUGCUGUAGACAGCCAAUCACAAGGCAGUGGGGAAUCUGGUGGGGAAUGGCGUUGGGCCUACGUGUUUCUGAAUCUCUCACAGCACCAUUAGGACACUGUGUGUGAGUGUCAAUGGGAUUUUUUUUUUUAAUGCGAGAAAAUAAUUCAGAACCUUUCCUUUGUUGAUUUUUUUUUUAAACUACCGCUGCUUGUGGAGCUCACCACCAAGGUGCACAAAAUAAAUACAUUUAAAAAAGAAAGAAAGAAAAGAAAAGAAAACAACAACAACAACAAAAAAAAAAACAACUUCAACUCUGACAACAAUUUCUGGCAACAAAGAUCCAGAUAUUCAAGCUGAAAUGCUACAGUGUAACCCGCUAUUAAAGAAAGAAAACAAACAAACCAACAAAUAAAUCGAGGACUGUGUGAACCGCCUGCAGUGUUUGUGCUGAAAGUUUGUCGACUCUUGGAAGGUGAAGGAUACAAGCCCUAUGGAUCUGACUGAGGCUUCUAUUAACCUUCCGCCACUCAAUAAUGGUGGAGUCCCUCAAAGCAUGAGUGCUACUACGCCAAGUGAGCCUGCCAGCUCUGUUGCCGAGUCUACACUGGAGACCAAUGAGAAUCUAGAGCAGAAAGCGAGAACAAUGUCUAAAAUUGAACCACCUAGCCAAAAUAGUGUCAAGCAGAACUGCUCUAUCCAACCAUCAAUGUCGUCCACAUCCCGAUGCUCAGCGUUUUUGUCACAGUUCAAUUCUCCAAAGCUGUUGCCCACCUCUCUUCCAAAUCAUUCUUCUCCCUGUUGCCCUUUUCAAGAGCCUGAGUGCUGUAAUGGGAACCAGCAAGAAGGCAGCCUUUUCCCGGGGUCCUUGCAUGGAAGAAGGGCCCUUCACAUGAGCCCUUGCUGUGUGCAGGGGACACCUAGUUUCUGCAUGCAGCACCAGUGGCAGGAGCGUUUCCAGAACCAACCAAACAUGACCACAUUCAGCCCUGCAAGACCUUUUCGAUUCCCCAAAAGUUAUGCAGAGCUCAUUGCUGACUGGCCUGUGGUGGUCCUUGGUGUGUGUACUAUACUCAUUGUGGUAUGCACUUUAGUAGGUGUCCUUGUGCCAGACUUGCCCGAUUUCUCAGAUCCUUUACUGGGCUUUGAACCAAGGGGCACUACAAUAGGUCAAAGGCUUGUCACAUGGAACAACAUGGUGAAAAAUACAGGCUACAAAGCCACCUUGGCCAACUACCCCUUUAAAUAUGCUGAUGAACAGGCCAAAAGUCAUCAAGAAGAGAGGUGGUCAGAGGAUCACUCUGAACGAGAUAAAAGACAAGCAGAAUGGGACUUCAGUAAAGACAAUUUCUUCUGUGAUGUUCCAGGUGACGGCUACUCUAGAAUUGUGUUUACCUCUGCUGAAGGGAAGAACUUGUGGAAUAUACACGCUAUAAAAUCCAUGUGCAAUUUCGACAAUACCAGGGUUCGAUCCCAUCCACAGUACUGGAGUUUGUGUCAGCGUGCCACAUCUGCCUCUUGUUGUCCUAGCUGGACCCUGGGGAACUACAUAGCUGUGCUCACCAACAAGUCAUCCUGCCAAAAGAUAACGGAAAGGGAUGUAUCACUUACCUUAAAGGUCCUACGCUCUUGUGCCAAGUACUAUUAUAAUAGCACAUUAGGCCCAGAGUGUUGGGAUGUAAAUACCCGCAGGAAAGACCAGUUCAAGUGUGCCAGUGUCCCCAGAAAGUGCACCAAAUACAAUGCUGUAUAUCAUAUCCUACAUUUCUUAGUGGACAAGGAUUUCCUUAACCCAAAGAGCAUUGAAUUCCAUCCACCCGAUCUCAAGUACAGCAUGCUGUUUUCUCCCACAGAGAAAGGUGAAAGUAUGAUGAACAUUUACUUGGACAACUUUGAGAACUGGAACUCCACAGAUGGCAUCACCACUGUCACUGGUAUAGAGUUUGGCAUCAAACACAAUUUGUUCCAGGACUACCUUCUUACAGAUACUAUGUAUCCUGCAAUAGCAAUUGUGAUUGUGCUAGUAGUUAUGUGUGUAUACACAAAGUCUGUUUUCAUCACCAUCAUGACCAUGUUUGCCAUCAUCAGCUCCUUAAUUAUCGCCUAUGUUCUUUAUCGGGUUGUCUUCAAUUUUGAAUUCUUCCCCUUUAUGAAUCUUACGGCAUUAAUCAUUCUUGUUGGAAUUGGCGCGGAUGAUGCUUUUGUGUUAUGUGAUGUGUGGAACUACACAAAAAUUGACAAGCCAAACACUGAGCUCUCUGAAACUGUAAAUGUCACACUUCAUCAUGCAGCUCUUUCAAUGUUUGUCACCAGCUUCACUACAGCUGCUGCCUUCUAUGCUAAUUACGUCAGCAACAUUACAGCCAUCCGCUGCUUUGGUGUCUAUGCAGGCACUGCUAUCCUGGUCAACUAUGUUCUGAUGGUAACCUGGUUACCUGCUGUGGUGAUUCUUCAUGAGCGAUACCUGCUUAACAUCUUCAUGUGCUUCAGGUCACCGCAUCACACCACAAGCUUUUUGAAGAGCAUAUAUCGGAAUGCCAACAAGUGCCUAUUUGCUCUAUCAGAGUGUUCCCGCAUUUUCUUUGAAAAAGUAUUGCCAUGCAUUGUAAUCAAGCUGCGUUACCUGUGGCUCUUUUGGUUCCUGGUCAUAACUGCUGUUGGAGCAUAUAUUGUCUGUGUAAGCCCUAAAAUAAAACUACCUUCCUUGGAGCUAUCAGAAUUUCAAGUAUUUCGCUCCACACAUCCUUUUGAACGCUAUGAUGCAGAAUACAAAAAACUGUUCAUGUUCGAACGUGUCCACCAUGGAGAAGAUCUCCACAUGCCUAUUACCAUAAUAUGGGGUGUUAUUCCAAUAGACAGUGGUGAUCCCAUGAACCCCAAAAAUAAAGGUAAACUGACACUUGACACAAGUUUUAACAUUGCCAGCCCUGCCAGCCAAGUAUGGAUUCUCAACUUCUGUCAGAAGCUCAGGAACCAAAGCUUUGUGUUCCAGUCUAAUGAACAAGAUUUCACCAGUUGCUUCAUGGAGACUUUUAAGCAGUGGAUGGAGAACCAAGACUGCGAUGAGGCUAGAGUCUACCCAUGUUGCAGUCAGUCCACGUUCCCCUACAAACAGGAUGUUUUUGAGUUGUGCAUCAAGCGAGCUAUUAUGGAGCUGGAUCGCAGCACUGGCUAUCAUUUGGACAGUAAGACACCAGGGCCAAGAUUUGACAUUAAUGAUACAAUCCGUGCCAUUGUGCUUGAAUUUCAUAGUACAUAUCACUUCACCUUAGCAUAUGAAAAAAUGCAUCUGUUUUACCAUGAGGUGGAUUCCUGGAUCCAGGAAGAGUUAAAGAACGCUCCAGAUGGAUUAAGCUAUGGUUGGUUUGUCAGCAACUUGGAAUUCUAUGACCUCCAGGAUAGUCUGUCUGGUGGAACACUUAUUGCCAUGGCACUGUCAGUGGUGGUUGCCUUCAGUGUUAUGCUCCUAACUACCUGUAAUAUCAUUAUUAGCCUUUAUGCCAUUAUCUCUAUCGCUGGAACCAUUUUUGUAACUGUGGGAUCAUUAGUGCUUUUGGGGUGGGAACUUAAUAUACUAGAGUCUGUUACUAUCUCAGUAGCUGUAGGGCUUUCUGUGGACUUUGCAGUUCAUUAUGGUGUAGCAUACCGUCUUGCUCCAGAACCCGAUAGGGAAGGGAAGGUGGUUUUUUCAUUGAGCAAAAUGGGUUCAGCCAUUGCCAUGGCAGCACUCACCACUUUUAUUGCUGGAGCAAUGAUGAUGCCAUCCACAGUACUGGCUUACACCCAGCUUGGUACAUUUCUGAUGCUAAUCAUGUGUAUCAGUUGGGCUUUUUCUACAUUCUUCUUUCAGUGCAUGUGUCGCUGUAUCGGUCCACAGGGCACUUGUGGACAGAUUCCUAUGCCUAAUUUGUUUGCGAAGUGUCAUGCUUUCAAAGCAGGUGCCUCUGACUCAUCGACCACCUACUGCGAAGGAAAACCCUGCCAGGCAAGCAAAUACCAGUCAGAUACCAGGGGACAAGUGGUAGAGUUUGAACUUGAGCCAUUGGCAGCUAAUGUUAGAAAUGUGGAAAAAACGGAGGUCCAAAAUGCAUGUACUCAACUAAACAGUGAAGGUGCACCUGAACAUGCAUCUUGUUGUCCAUUGAACAACAAAAUAGACUGUGUAAAAGAAAAUUCUGAUCCUAAUGACAUGAAGAACACAGAUUCUGUAUAUCUGCAUAAUUACUCUUAUAAUAAUGGCUGUACCUGUGGCCAUUUUUUGUCCCAGCACAAAAUGAGCACACACUGGACCCAUCGCCACACCUGUAUGCAAGAAAAAGAGUGUCCAUGCCCAGCUUCACAGUUUGCUUCAACAGGCAGUCAUGUAGCCAAAGAUCAGAGCAUCUUCUCCACCCUAAAUACAUUGCACACAACUAUGAAUCAUGAUGUGAACCAUGUCCACUGUGUUCCUGCCCAUUUCCACAAGUGUUCCCAGGCCCAAACCACAAGAACUAGCUGUCUCAAAAAGCAUGGCUGCUACCAUAGGGGAUGUAAUGUGCCCACAUUGCACCAUCAAACACAGGACCCAACUAGAGCUGAUGAAUCACACUUAACCAGUCCAUGUAAACCCCCACCUGAUGCCAUAAAUGCUCGAGCUCACACUCCGCAGCUUUCUGUAUGUCAGUGCUGCACAUUACCUCAGACGCCCAGAGACUGCAUGAUUGAUGAUGGAACACAUAAGUCAGGGGACAAAGCAUUAAACCACAUAAAAAGCAAUGUGGCAAAUGCUUCUGUUUUGGUGCAAGAUUACAAUGAUAAACUUAAGGUGGCUCCCACCAUGUUUGACAGAAGUGUGCAAUGCAAGCAGUACCACAGAACCACAAAUGAAGACUCGCCCAAAAGAGACAGUUACUUAAAUGGUACUUUAAAAGUAAACUGUAAGCAAAAAACUGAUGCAAACGUCCAGGUCCUUCCCUUUAACUCCCUCUCUUUAUCUGAAAGUUUAUGUUGAUGAAGAGAAUGAGGGGAAAACUUGAAGGACAACAGAGAAUAUACAUUGCUAUAGGGCCAUACAUGCAAUUAAAUGUGCAAAAUUAUGCAAUUACUGUUUCUUGUGUGUUUCUCAUUGUCCCUUUGCUAAUGAUUUGUCAUGUCAUUUGCUGGAGAUGUUCUCAAAUGCACAUGACCUAUAUACUUUUUAAUGCUACUAACUGGAGUCACGAUGUAUAAAGUGUUUAUAAGCAAGAUGGAUUAUCGCAUUACAUAACUCAUUAAGAAUGAAAAAGAAAAAAUGAAUGACAACUUGAUGGUAAUUAAAAAUAUCAAAUCAA